GAGCCGAGCCCAGAGACACGCCAGAUGGAUACAGUUGGAAGGAGCGGACGCAUCGCUACGCACCAGACCGACUAGUGAGACGAAAUAAGCGAAAGGGAUACACAUACACGCACGCACGAACUGAUCAUUUUCUACCACUGUGCUCGAUGGAUACCGGUUGUUUCAGCGCGGCGCAGCGUAUUUCGUGCCACGCCAUGAAUGCGGAUUUAUUUAAGUCCGUUCCGGAGCGUGGACCCCAACAGUCCUCUGCCCCGGUGAAAACCAGCAGGAAUAAACCUGAACAAACCAAACCAGAGCUGGCCCAGGUGGUGACAGACUCCAAGACGGGAAGAUCUUACAGUAAAGGGAAGCUUUUGGGAAAGGGUGGCUUUGCUCGAUGCUACGAGAUGACAGACCUCUCCACCAACAAAAUGUAUGCUGUGAAGGUGAUUCCACAGAGCAGGGUGUCCAAACCACACCAGAGGGACAAGAUCACGAACGAGAUCGAGCUACACAAAACCCUGUCACACAAGCAUGUGGUGAAAUUCUCUCAUCACUUCGAAGACCAAGAAAACAUCUAUAUAUUCCUUGAACUCUGCAGUCGGAAGUCCCUAGCACACAUUUGGAAGGCCAGACACACACUCACGGAGCCAGAAGUGCGAUAUUACCUCAGACAGAUCAUAUCCGGCCUCAAGUACCUCCACAGCAGAGGAAUCCUGCACAGAGAUCUCAAACUAGGCAACUUCUUUGUCAACGAGAACAUGGAACUGCGGCUGGGAGACUUCGGACUCGCUGCCAAGCUAGAGACAGUCGAACAGAGGAAAAAAACAAUUUGUGGGACUCCCAAUUAUUUGGCCCCUGAGGUGCUCAACAGACAGGGCCAUGGCACAGAGUCUGACGUUUGGUCUCUCGGAUGCGUCAUGUACACGCUGAUGUGUGGCAGCCCUCCCUUUGAGACUCUGGACCUGAAGGAGACCUACAAGUGCAUAAAGGAAGUUCGGUACAACCUGCCCUCCACGCUUUCCCCCGCCGCACAGAAACUCAUCUCAGGCAUCCUGCAGAAGAACCCCAGCGACAGACUCACACUGGAUCAAAUCCUCAACCACGAAUUCUUCACCAAAGGUUUCACUCCUGAUAAGCUUCCCCCCAGCAGUUGUGUGAUGGUGCCAGAGCUCCACCCCCCAAGCCCUGCCAAGAAAUUCUUCACUAAAAUGGCCAAGAGCUUGUUUGGCAAGAAGAAAGCAAAAGUGGAGAAGAUUCCAUGUGAGGAUAAAGAUGACAAGGACAUUUCCAAACUGGUGUCAGGCAUCGUUAAAUGUUCAAUCAACCGCCAGAUCAGCUACAAGACAGUGGGACCAAAUGAGGUGCCCUCUCCCACCGGUCAGCUGGUCAGCUCUGUGCCUCUGGAGCAGACUCCCGCUGAGGAGGAAUCCAGGAAAUCAAUCUCUCGCUCCUUCAAGGGCACCAUGGCCAGCAGCACUGAACCAUGCGAGGAUGUCCUGACCCCCGCAGCUGUUGCUGAAUCGGCCAUGAAAGUUCUCAACAGCUGCCUGGCCAUCAUGCCUGCAGCCACCAGAAACCCACCGUGUUUGUCAAGACCACAGUCCUUCCUGUGGGUGACCAAAUGGGUCGACUACUCAAACAAAUAUGGCUUUGGCUACCAGCUGUCCAACCAAAGUAUUGGCGUGCUCUUCAAUGAGGGAACACAUCUCAGCCUUUGUGACCAACGCAAGACAGUCCACUACUGCUUGACUAACAAUAAACACUUCAGUUUCCCUGCCAACUCUCUACCUGAGCAGCUCCGCAGCCAGAAACAAAUUGUAGAGCUAAUGGCCAACUACAUGGAAGAGAACCUCAUGGAGGGUGGAGAUGUACAUUGUGAGGAACAGGUCUCAAGUGCUCCUCCUCUGCUGCUGCAGUGGGUGAAGACUGACCACGCUCUUGUCAUGCUCUUCAACAAUGGCACUCUACAGGUUAACUUCUACACAGAUCACACCAAGAUUAUCCUGUGCAAGUCAUCUGAUGACUCCUACUUACUCACCUACAUCAGUCGGGAACGCGUCUCAUACACUUACCUCCUCAGCAUGCUGAAUGAGAUGGGCUGCACCCCCGAGCUACGACACCGACUCCGAUAUGUGGUGCAGCUGCUCCAGCACCACACUGAUGCCUGAGAGCACGGCUCAGUGCCUCCCAGGCUGCCUAAGUGGCAGAUGCCCUAGAGGCAACCUGAAUGGUUAACACCUUUUCUUAGGCAGCCUGACUGGUUGAUAUCAUUUCUCAAGCCAGUGCUGGGUGCCUGUUCAGUUGACUGAUGUGAAGGCUGCUCAACUCCUCUGAGCAAUAUUCUUGUCUCGACUGGUGCUUAGGCUGCUGAUUAUCAAAAAGAUUGACCUUGAUGAACAUCAAGCAGUCAGGAAGUUGCCCAAUGCAGCAUCUGCCUCCAAAGGUUUGUGCCUGUCCAGCUUAUGCCUCCAAGGUAUCCACCUGGAAGGUAUUGAUACCUAAAAUAAGAGACUUCUACCUGGCCUGAAAUGAUGGAUUCCUCAAAGGCAGAUGCCUAAAUGAAAACUCCAAAUUAACUUCCCUCACUCACUCUAAACCACUGCUUCUUGGCUGGAUUUUUUUAAAGCCACCACCCAACCCUGCAGCUUUCAGCUUCCCCUGAUAGCCGAUAACCCAGGCAUGGUUUCUCAAAGGUAUCUAAACACUAAAGUUGUCAUGUUUGCUUGCAACGGAACAUGGAUAAUCUUGCAGCUGGAAUCCUUUCAGUAUUUUAGCAGCAAGGUCAUUUACGCCGUUGACUUGCAGCGGACCUGUGAUCUUACAGCAGAGAUGCUUUGGGAAGAAGUGUGGUUUGAUGGGAGAGGGAGAGAAAGAGAGAGACCCUCCUACCCUCGGCUGGUUUCUGGCCUCUUUGGACUAUGGUGCACACAUUCAUUUUUUCCCCCUCUUUUUUUAAACAAAUUAUAUGAGCCAGCUAUAGGAUCACACUACGAUCUUGACCUCACAUGCACAAUUAACAUUCCUGGCCUUAUUUGAUGACAGUGAUGCUAAAGGUUGGAGAGUCAUUGCCUCUUCUGCUCCAACAUCACUUUUGUAUUUUUGUUAGUUAUUAGAAACAAACUUCACUGACGUGGUACACAGUGUAUUAAAGGGGCUACGGGAGCAACACAAUUUUGCACUUUUUUUUUCUUUUCUUUGUAAAUUCAUCUGGAAAGCAAAACCUUUUACUACCACUUGUUAUGUUUUAUUUGUUUUUAAACGAGAUACCAAAAGGCAUUUUCUUUGUUGGUUUUUAAAGUGAUUCAGUUUUAAAUUCACGUACAGUAGGUGAAUGUGUGUGUGUGCCACACGUGCUGGUAAACAAAACUGUUGGAAUAUGAGGGUUGGGAGGGGGGUGGGGAUAAAAGUGCCUUUCUGAGGGAUGUCUGUUUAGUGCAAUAACAACCCUUUGUGAAUGUCAAGCUGGAUACAAACAAGAUUUGAGAUGGGUUUUACAGGUGGGAUUUACUUUUGUACUUUGAGUCAAGUUUAAAAGUAAAUCCACUAGCACUACACUCUCACUACCUGGUAUAAGCUUUUAGAACAACUGGUAACAUAAGUAUAUAUCCCAGUAAUAUCUACUAUGGAAAAAAGAAAACAUUGUACUCCAUUGUACUGUAAUCCUUAUUGGUUUACAUUGCUUUCUCAACCCAGAGUUGUAUCCUAAAAACUGUGACCUGGAAUGCAAGUAUUACGUACGUGUUUUCAAAAAACCCAACAUUGUGAAAGCCAUCUGCCAAUUCAGAAGAGUCUUUAUUUUUUGGCACAUAAUGUCUUGUUUAUUUAUUUUUUAUUUAUACAUGUUUUUUUUAUUUAUUGUUGUGUAAAUGUUAGUCUUGACACAAGGAAUUCAGAUCACCUUUUGUAUGUAACGUAUUUGGGGGAAAAUGGGACAAAAAUAAAGUUUAUUGAAAAUGAA